AAUUAAAUAGAUUCUGUCGAAAAGAACGAAGGCAGUUUGUUGGCUAAGGUUUUUGUCUUUAGGUUACCUCGUUUAUCCGACAGACAUUUUUUUAAAUUCAAAGUUAAAAACAUAUUACUCGGCAUGGCGCCCAAUUUGCAGCUAGAAGACAAUUACAAAAAACUAAGUAAAGGAAUUCGGGCAAUUUUACUGGGUCCACCGGGAGCAGGAAAAGGCACGCAGGCACCUAAACUGGCAGAUCAAUAUUGCGUGUGUCACCUUGCGACUGGGGAUAUGCUUCGUGCUAUGGUAGCUUCUGGAUCAGAACUGGGAAAGCGAUUAAAGGAAACAAUGGAUUCUGGGAAGCUGGUGAGUGAUGAAAUGGUGGUAGAGCUGAUUGAGAAGAACUUGGAUACACCACAGUGUAAGAAUGGAUUCCUGCUAGAUGGCUUUCCACGUACUGUGAAGCAGGCAGAAAUGUUAGAUGAUUUAAUGGAGAAAAGAACAGAGAAGUUGGAUUCAGUGAUUGAAUUUAAAGUUGAAGAUUCUCUGCUUCUGCGCAGAAUCUGUGGUCGACUUAUUCACACAUCCAGUGGACGCUCCUAUCAUGAGGAAUUCAAUCCACCUAAGGUUGCUAUGAAGGAUGAUGUGACAGGGGAACCUCUGAUAAGGAGAUCUGAUGACAAUGCUGAGACACUGCAAUCUCGACUCAAGGCUUAUCACACUCAGACAACACCACUAGUGCAGUACUACCAAAAGCGAGGAAUCCACACUCCAGUAGAUGCUUCUCAGGCUCCAGAUCUGGUCUUUGCAAGCAUCCUUGCUGCCUUCUCACAAGCCACAUGUAAAGACCUGGUUAUGUUUGUUUAGUGCUCUUAUUUCCUCUCUUCCAAAUGUCAACACCUUUCUUUCACAAAUAACUACGAAUAGUUUGGUUACUAUGUUGUUUGCAAUCAAGAAAGGAAAAUAAAUCACAAACUAAAAUAGCUUGAAGUUUGGACAGCCAAGCUUGUUUUUGGAAUAUGGUACAGAUGAAAUGUGCCUAAGGGGUGUGUGGUGUGUUUGUUGUUUAUUUUUUUUGAAAACUAUAUAAAUAUAAAUACUAUAUUAAGAGACGCAAUGUAAUUUGAGAUGCGAGAGUAACAGAGUGACAUCCAUUAGAAUACAACCCAUUAUGGGUUUAAGUGGUUUUUGGUGUUAUUGUGCAUAAAUUACAUACACAAAAAUAAAUGGCUAUCAUUCUGCUUAUGUAAUAAGAGAUACAAAUGACUGAAAAGUAGAAAGUAGUGAGUGUAACCCUCCAAUUUUUUUAAAGAGAAAAUAUAUGAUUUAAAAUGUUUGUUUACACCAGUAUCAACUAAAUAAAACAAAAAAAAAAUUGGCGCUUUAGGGAUUUCUGUCCAAAAAACUGGAUUUUACGGUAUAUAACCAAGACCUUUUAUUUUGCAGAACCGUGGAAUCAGUUUUGUUUUAUGCUCCAAUCUAUCAGAUAUCAUUGUACGAAGUUCAGAUAGCAUAUCCCUUAACAUUGCAAAGUUAUACUGCUUGGUGCAAGGCGUCCCCCAUUUUAGAAGCAU